AUGGCGAAAUCAAAGAAGGCGGGGACAAAGGUCACCUCGACGGCCAAGAAAUCUGGUGGAGGGGGGAAGGUGGCCAAGGCCGACUGGAAAGAGGGAUUCAAGAAAAAGCAAGUAGGAGUCUCUGAUAUGACCCUGCUGACCACGAUCAGCAACGAGAGCAUCAAUGAGAACCUUCAGAAGAGGUGGACGAGCGGCGAGAUAUAUACCUAUAUCGGCGCAGUGUUGAUAUCUGUCAACCCUUUUCGCGACCUUGGAAUCUAUACGGACGAGGUACUGCAGAAAUAUCGCGGCAAGAACAGGCUUGAGGUCCCGCCUCACGUAUUCGGCAUCGCAGAGUCUGCGUACUAUAACAUGAAUGCAUAUCACGAGAAUCAAUGCGUUAUCAUAUCAGGCGAGUCAGGAGCGGGCAAGACUGAGGCUGCGAAACGUAUCAUGCAAUACAUCGCAGCCGUCUCGGGAGGCGCGGAUAGUAGCAUCCAGGAAAUAAAGGACAUGGUUCUAGCCACAAAUCCCUUACUCGAAAGUUUUGGUUGUGCGAAGACUCUUCGUAAUAACAACUCCAGUCGGCAUGGAAAGUACCUUGAGAUCAUGUUCAAUUCUCAAGGAGAGCCAGUGGGCGCCCAGAUAACUAACUAUCUACUCGAGAAAGGUCGCGUCGUGGGCCAAAUAGAGAACGAGCGUAACUUCCAUAUAUUUUAUCAAUUUACCAAGGCCGCCACAGACGAACAAAGAGAGAUGUUCGGCCUCCAAGGACCCGAAGCUUAUGCCUACACUAGCUUGAGUAACUGUUUAGAGGUUCAAGGCAUCGACGAUAGCCAGGAUUUCUCCGAGACCAUUCAAGCCAUGCAAGUCAUCGGACUUUCUCCAGAGGAACAGAGCGAGAUCUUCCGGAUGCUAGCCAUUGUCCUUUGGUUGGGCAACGUGCAGUUCGAGGAGAAAGACGAUGGAAACUCUCAAAUCAGUGAUACAGGCGUCACGGACUUCGUGGGGUACCUCAUGGAGGUCGAUCCCGCCACCGUGCAGAAGGUUCUAACGUCAAAGAUUGUGGAGACACAGCGGGGCGGUCGACGAGGAUCUAUCUAUGAUGUACCACUCAAUCCAGCGCAAGCGUCGUCCGUCCGAGAUGCCCUUGCCAAAGCUAUAUAUAACAAUCUCUUCGAAUGGAUUGUUUCCAGAAUCAACGUUUCUAUGAGGGCCAGAUCAGCUAGCGCUCAUGUAAUUGGGAUCUUGGAUAUCUUUGGGUUCGAGAUCUUCGAGGAUAACUCCUUCGAGCAACUUUGUAUCAACUAUGUCAACGAGAAGCUGCAACAGAUUUUUAUCGAGUUGACAUUGAAGACAGAGCAAGAGGAAUACGUCCGCGAGCAGAUCCAAUGGACACCAAUCAAGUACUUCAAUAACAAGGUCGUCUGUGACUUGAUCGAAGAACGUCGUCCCCCCGGAAUAUUCGCGGCGCUUAACGAUGCAUGUGCCACUGCUCAUGCUGACCCAUCUGCAGCAGACAACAGCUUCAUCCAAAGAACUGCGGCGCUCGCUACCAAUGCCCAUUUCGAAGCCCGAGGUUCCCAAUUCUUGGUGAAACAUUAUGCUGGUGACGUGAUGUACAAUGUGGCUGGAAUGACGGACAAGAACAAGGACUCGUUACUCAAGGACUUAUUGGACUUGGUUGCCUCUAGCAGCAAUCAAUUCUUGCAGACCCUCUUUCCCGAUCGACCCGAUCCCAACAGCAAGAAGCGGCCACCCACCGCUGGAGACAGGAUUAAGUCUUCCGCCGGAGCCCUCGUCGAAAAUCUCAUGAAGGCCCAGCCUUCAUACAUUCGGACGAUCAAGCCAAAUCAGAACCGAAGCUCCAGCGAAUAUGAUCUAAAGGCCAUCCUUCAUCAAAUCAAGUAUCUCGGGCUCCAGGAGAACAUCCGAGUUCGCCGUGCUGGCUUUGCCUACAGAAAUACCUUCGAGAAAAUGGUCGAGCGCUUCUAUCUUCUGUCGCCUAAGACUUCGUACGCUGGAGAAUAUACGUGGCAAGGAGACCCGAAGUCAGGAUGCCAACAAAUCCUCUCAGAUACUGGUAUUGCAAAGGAAGAAUGGCAGAUGGGUGUCAGCAAAGCGUUCAUCAAGAACCCUGAGACGCUAUUUGCGCUGGAGACCAUGCGUGACAGAUACUGGCACAACAUGGCCGCUCGAAUCCAGCGCGCGUUCAGAAACUACAUGCGUUAUAAGCACGAAUGUGCCCGUCGAAUCCAACGGUUCUGGAAAAACAACAAAGAGUCGAUCGUCUACGCUCAAGUACGCGAAUAUGGACAUCAGAUUUUGGCAAAACGUAAGGAACGGCGGCGCUUCAGUCUACUCAGUUAUCGUCGCUUCUUCGGUGAUUACCUGGGCGUUAACACCAAGAGUCCCCUCGGCGAAGAGCUGGGAUCAUUAUGUGGUGUCGGAUCUGACGAGGUUACAUUCAGCGGAAAGAUUCAGCUCCUAGUGUCCCACUUCGGUCGGUCGAGUAAGCCGAGCCCUCGGUUUAUCGUCGUAACACAGAAGGCGGUUCAUAUCUUGGUCACAACUAACAAAGACGGUCGGAUUCAGACUGCUUUGGAGCGGAAGAUACCUCUGGUAACCAUCAGGAGCAUUGGGAUGUCCUACCUUCGAGACGAUUGGAUAUGUCUCAAUAUCAACAAUGCUACCGAAGAAGGAGAUCCGGUCUUCACCACCUACUUCAAGACUGAACUUGCGGCCAAUCUCAUAACACUCACGCAGUCAAGCAUCAGCCUCUUGAUCGGCCCAACUAUCGAGUACGCCAAGAAGAAAGACAAGAAACAGUUGAUCAAGUUCUCGAAGGAUGAAACUGUGACGAAGGACGACGCUUACAAGAGUCAUACUGUUCGCGUGGCAACAGGUGAACCUCCGGAUAGUGUAUCACGUCCCCCUGCCAAACGGAAACCAGGCGUCGUGAGACCAAUCACCCAAGGCAAGCUUCUUAAAGCUGGAGGACCUUCGAAGAAGCCCACAUCAUCGAGACCAAGACCCGUUGCCCAACCACUUCCAGGGAAAUCGGCGACGAGCGCUCCGCCCCCUUCUGUAGUCAAGCCUGUUGCGACAACAUCGUCGACCGCCACCAAAGCCCCUGCCGCCGCCGCCGUUAGUAGACAAGCUCCACCUCCGCCGCCGCCUCCACCAGCUGAACCCGAGAAGCCAAGAUACCGCGCGAAAUUCCCUUUCGAAGGCCAGGAAGGCGAGAUGUCGCUGAACAAGGAUGACAUCGUCGAAGUGGUUGAGCAAGGUGAUGAUGGGUGGUGGCUAGUCAAGAAAGGUAGUGAAGAAGGGUGGGCGCCGUAUAACUACCUUGAACCUGCGCCGGCUCCCAAGGCAGUUCCAACACCCCCGCCACCACCUCGACGGCCGGUUGCCCCUCCAGCUCCUCAACCAGCUCCUGUAGCCAAACCAGUACAAGCAAACGCUAAUGCGAAGCCAGUAGCGGUCUUCCCUGGCAUGGCACCAUCGAAUGGGUCCGCUGCACCAUGGAAGAGGCAGGCUUCGGAAUCGUCCUCUAAUACCGCCAGCACAAUUUCUUCGAAACCGCCGCCUCCGAUAGCAACCAAGCCGAAGCCAGCUCCUCCGGUAGGGGCGAAACCUGGCGCACCGAAGGUAGCUGGCAAACCACCAGUCCCUAGUGCUCCAAGACCCAACGUCGCUGCAGCUCCUCGCCCGAGUCCUGUCGCGAAGCCUGCCGCUGCCGUUGGUCAGCUAGAUCUGGCUGCUGCCGUAAGUCAUCUUGUCAUAUCCAUAACAUCGUGGUCUUGA